UUCAUUCCAGUCAACGUCACAGGCUGUCAACGUAUGCACUUGAAUAGUGUGAUUAAUCACAAUUUAUUCGGAAAAUAGGUAAAUACAGAUGAAAUCCAAAUGAUUGACGUCCAGUUUGUGAACAUCUGUUAACGAGUUGUUGAAAUGAUUGGCUUCAAUCGUAGAAGUGAUACAUGGCGAUGGCCAUUUGAGAUUAAAGAAUUGCUCUGGAGCCUCUGAGUAAGAUGCCUGCAGAGAAUAACAUGACAGCGCUUUCUUCUGAUCAAGGUGAAGGGAAAAGUCCCACACCUGAGGAAAUACCCGACAACAUGAAUGAUCAGACUUUGUGUCAUAAAGAACAGACCGAUGAUGAGAAGCCAGAACAUUUGGAAAAAGGGUUGUCAUCAGUUAACACGCAAAGAGCAGCCUCUAGUAUUACUUUGGACGAAAUUUCUGAGACCACCGGAGUGCUGACAAGCUUUUUAAAACUAGCCAAUGAUAAAAUUGCCCUUGAAGAAUCAAAGCUAACAUCAGACAAAAACACGAGAUUACUGGGAUGUGAGGAUCCAGCAUAUGGCCAACCCAAUGCUAGAAAGGAUAUUAUUAAAAGCAGGAGCCAUGUCUCCAGGAGUUCAGCAAAAGAUUAUGACUCCAAAGAAGUACCAUUGAGCUCUGUAAGUGGAGAUGAUCUUCCAUCAAUGAAAGGCAGGCUAAAAUCUGGUAGCGAUACAGAGAUAGAAGAUAAUACUUUGGAAAAUAGCUUGAGCAAAGAUGAAAAACCUUCACUAGUAGAUAAAGAUUUGAUCAGAAAUCAAUUCUUGUUUCACGAUACAUGCUAUAAUUUGUCUCGCACUAGUUCGUUGAAUAAUUUAAAAGGAGAUGAUAAAAGCAGUUCAAAUUUACCAAAUGAUCCUAAUGACAUAGUUAGAGAGAUCAGGAGAUCAGCAACUAAGAAAAAGAUUUCUAAGGAACCACUGAAUGGAACAUUUACAAAAUGCACAUCCGAAGGUGUGGGCCAGUAUAUAUCUCAAUCUAGUGAAUCAAACAAUACUGGUAUCAGUAUGAUCGUAGAAAAUAAUGACAGUAUCCACACUGAUGGAGAUGAUGAUUCAUGUCAAAAAGACAGUAAUUCCUCCCAACUUUUGCCUAGCCCAGAUUCUUCCAACCUAACAGCUUGUGUGCCUAAUGGAAUACCUGGAGAAUGGUUGAAUCUACCAGAAAAUUUUUUUUGCCUACCUGAUGAAGUACCUGAAGGAUCCUCAAACAAUACAGAUAAUUUUUGCACAAUACCUGAGAGGAUACCUGAAGAAUUGAAAAAUAUAGAUAAUUCUUGUUCAUUGCCAGGCAGGGACUCUACAAAUACUUGGAACAUGAACGAAUUUUCUUCACUACCCAACCGAGCAGCUGAAAAGUUGCUGUCUGCAAAUGAAAAUAUGCAUUUUCAGCCUGUCCAGAUACCUGAGGCGUUUACAGAAGCUCCAUGUUCUUCACCAGUAAAAAUAUCUGGUAGAGAAAAUUUGCUGGAAUCUGACAACAGUUUUGAUUCCAUAGACGGAGCUGCUUCCCUGCCCUUACAAAUGCCUAUGGUUUCGUCAAUGGAUGAACAAAAUAAAUUUGACCUACCUUCAAGUAACAAUCAAUCAACUAUUCCAUUGGCAGAGCCUUUUCGAUUGCCCAGUCUACCCAAUUUGUUUGAAAUCCAAGAAGAUUCUGCUGCGUUUCCAGCUACCGUGAACUUGGACCAGCAGCAUUUAGAUGAGGCCUGUAGUUUUGAGUUGCGCCCUCGGUCUUCAAAUAGUAGUGAUGGAAGUAACUCAGAUACCGAAUCUCAACAAGCUGCUGUAUUACACAGCAGAAGCAAAAGGAGAUUACAUAAUCAAAAUGGAAUUCGGUCAAACGACGGUGUUGAGUAUUAUCAGCUUUGGUGUAGUACUGGCAGAACCCAAGCACCUGAAUUUCUUUACGAAACCCUUUAUCCAAAUCCUCCACCAUUACCUCCGAGAUCUACACAUAGACCUUUGCACAGGACUCACGCAUUGCCAAGUAUGCCGCCAGAACUGCCCAAGAGGCAUCCCCAAAGACAUCCAACUCCAUUUCAUCCUGAAGAUUGCUUUGGCUUUGAAAUUGUGGAUGUUGAUGAGGCCUCUGGACUGAAGUCUCGGACAGCAGUGACGAAGAGUAUAGCUUUACUUAGCACACCAAAAGCACACCGGCCAUUGACUAGACCUUUACCUGAAUCGGGAUUGUUCAAUCAAUCAGAAUGCCCACCAACACCGACUCAUCGUCCGAGAUCACUCCGUCCUUUACCAAUCUGUGCAACUACAAAAGCAUCUGUGUCAUCAGAGGAACCAUUACCAGCCUCAUGGGAGGCAAGAAUUGAUAGCCAUGGUCGUGUAUUUUACAUUGAUCACGUUAAUCGGACAACAACUUGGCAGCGCCCAGGAAUUGUAACUCGAAAUGCUGGCUGUGAUAUGCAGCGUCAACAAUUGGAUAGGCGAUACCAGAGCGUCCGUCGAACAAUAUCUCGACCCGAAAACAUUGAUGGAGAACCUACGAAUUCAAACUUUACCAACAAUCAUUCUGAAACCACUGAGAGGUUGCCUGAACAAUCUGAAAGACAACCAGAAAGACAAUCCGAGCGACAAAUAGAGCGUCCAAAUUCUAAUGGAAAUGAACCAUUUGAUAUCACAACUACACCUCCGAUAUUAUUUUUAACAAGGUCUGACUUUUUUACCGUUCUGCACACAAACUCUGAUGCAAUGGAACUGUACAAUCGUAACUCCAGUUUGAAGCAUAUGAUCAGCAAAAUUAGAAGAGAACCAUCAGCGUUUCCACGAUAUGAACACAAUCGAGAUUUGGUUUCUUUGAUUAAUUUUUUUGCUGAUCCUUCAAAAGAACUACCAAGAGGUUACGAAUCUAAGCUCGAUAGAACUGGAAAAAGAUUUUUCAUUAGCCAUGCUAGGAAAGCGACAUCUUUCAUUGAUCCUCGGUUGCCAACGGAACCUGCUCACCCAAGAUCAGCUAUUGAAGAGCCUCCAAUUCCACCACCAAGACCACAACAAUCGGCCAUAACUACUUCGCCUGAGAUACCAAUUGCCUACAACGACAAGGUCGUAGCUUUCCUACGACAGCCAAACAUUAUCGAUAUUUUAAAAGAAAGGCAUGCCGGUUUGGGGCAAAACAUUGCUCUCAGAGAAAAAGUGAAUACAGUCAGAGUAGAGGGAAGCAUUGCUCUGCAAAGAUUGGGACACGACGUAUCUUUAGCAUUGCUUUUAAGUCUGUUCGAACACGAAAUAAUGUCUUAUGUACCUGGUAACAUGGGACGCUCUCCACUUGGGAGUCCACAUGCCUCUCCUGGGCUUGCCAGAGCCUCAGCCCGUGCACCAGCACCUUAUAGACGAGAUUUUGAAGCAAAGCUCCGAACCUUCUACAGAAAAUUGGAGAGCAAGGGCUACGGCCAAGGGCCUGGUAAACUCAAGCUGCAUAUCAGACGAGAGCAUCUGCUGGAGGAUGCUUUCACUCGAAUAAUGGCAGCCUCUAAAAAAGAUUUGCAGAAAGGAAAGUUGGCAGUCACAUUUGAUCAUGAAGAGGGUUUAGAUUAUGGAGGACCCUCACGAGAAUUCUUUUUUCAUUUGUCCCGAGAGUUGUUCAACCCGUACUACGGCCUCUUUGAAUAUUCAGCUAACGACACAUACACCGUCCAAGUAUCUCCAAUGUCUGCUUUUGUUGACAAUUAUCAUGACUGGUUUAGAUUUUCUGGACGAGUCUUAGGGCUUGCUCUGGUCCAUCAGUAUUUACUUGAUGCAUUUUUCACAAGGCCUUUUUAUAAGGCAUUGCUCAGAUUACCAGCAAGUUUGAGCGACCUGGAAAGUCUGGAUCAGGAAUUUCAUCAAAGCCUAAUGUGGAUUAGAGAGCGUGACAUAAGUAUAGAGCCAUUAGAACUAACAUUCUCAGUAACGGAGGAGCUGCUGGGUCGAGUGGCGGAGCGCGAGUUAAAACCAGGUGGCCGAAACAUAAUGGUUACUGAAAAAAAUAAAAAAGAAUAUUUGGAAAGGGUGGUCAGAUGGCGUUUGGAACGUGGCGUUGCUGAACAAACGGAAUCUCUUGUUCGUGGUUUUUACGAAGUUGUCGAUCCUCGAUUAGUGUCGGUAUUCGACGCUCGUGAACUUGAACUAGUCAUAGCUGGAGCUGCGGAAAUAGAUCUGAAUGAUUGGCGUGCUCAUACUGAAUACAGAAGCGGAUAUCACGACGCACAUCCAGUCGUUGAGUGGUUUUGGAGUUGUAUAAGUCGGUUUUCAAAUGAACAGAGAUUAAGGUUGUUGCAGUUUGUAACUGGCACCUCAAGCAUACCAUUUGAAGGUUUUGCCGCCCUUCGUGGAUCUACGGGGCCAAGAAGAUUUUGCAUUGAAAAAUGGGGGAAGCCCAAUAGUUUGCCAAGAGCACACACCUGUUUCAAUCGCUUAGACCUACCUCCUUACCCUACACCAGAGAUUUUAUACGAAAAAUUGCUUCUUGCGGUGGAAGAAACCAACACUUUUGGAAUUGAGUAAGCACACUAGUAGAAAAUUCAAAAUCCUCACGUACCAUCAUAUUCUAUGAAAUCAGAGUUGAGAAAGCAAAGCUUUGGCGCAGUUGGAAAAAUAGGAAUUGCCAGUGUAGAUCUGUGACACUAAGAAUUAUAAAAUUUUCGCUUUUCAUAUAACAUCUUGUAACUGGUAAUCACCUAUAAAAUCACAGUGCUACAUCAAUUCAUGAUUCAAAAUAGCCAGAUUGAUGUAUCUUAUUCACCAAUUUCAUUAUUCACUGUGACGAUAGUUACAUCUUCAUUCAAAGAUGAACAUUCACAAGAAUCUAUAGCAGCACAAACAUGAUGAGGUAUAAAGCAGUAGGUACUAUAUAGUGUCAUAUGAGAGCUUCUAAAGCAAUUCCAAUAUCUCUAAGAUCCAAACCUGCCUUGAUUUUUACCGUAGAUGAUCCAAUUUCAACAAACAAUUAAUAAUUGUAUUAUUUUAUUUGUUAAAAUUUCUAUCUUGAUUUGUAGAUCUAACAUUGAUGUACUCUUUUAUCCAAAUUUCAAUAACUGCCACACAGCUCUGUUAUUCGUAAAGAUCCCAUUGAUUACAAUGGAUCCUCAUCUAAGGAAUGAGUAUAACAAUCCAAAGCAGUAACAAGUGAAGAGUAAACUCUAUAUAACAUGGAUUAUUUUUAAGUUGCUCUAGUUGUUGAGCAAAUUUGCACAACUCUACUGUGGAUAAUCAGCAUCCGUAACUGUGAUGUUUUCAUACAUGAUUCAUUCCAUAAAUAUAACGCAUGCACAGUUAGAUGCUGAAUAUCUAAAGCAAGAGAUAUUUCCCAAUUACAUCAGUAGCACUUAUCUGUGUGUAGUUAAACUGUUAUGGUAUAGCUACAAAAUUUUUUAAGUUGAAUCUCUGCUAUGGUGUUUUCUAAACAAGCAUAUGUAUGGACUCCUUUAUCUCCCGUGAGAGACAUUGUUUUAACAUUAUUAUAGUGUGGUAAUACUUGGGUCGAUUAUGCCCAUGUUUAAAUAAUGUUUAACUAUUGUAAAGUUCGAGUGCAGUCAAAAUUUUGCAAGUUAUAUAAUAGCACACUAUUGUGAUGCAUUCAGUCUUAAAACUAGUCAUCUACUAUGUAGAACUUCUUCACAAUUUAAGCUAUAUGAUAAUCGAUAUAUUAUUUAUUAGAGUAAAUUAUAUUAUUAAUAAUAUUAUUAUCCAUAUUAUUAGUAAUCUAUGAACAUGUUGAAACAUUUUUUUCUGUCGUUACAAAAAAAAACAAAAACAAAAAAACUAAAGAAUUCUGUUUUUUGUUAUAGUCAUAUUAUGGAAUCCAAGUGUGUAGCAGCGUAUUUACUGAACUAAUUUGUCCGGAAAUUUAACUGUGACUAAUAUUCGAGGUGCGAUCAUCGAAAAUGCGAGAAAAAGUGCGAGAAUUUCAAAUUAAAUGCUUUCAUCUGCUGAUAAAGAUUGCUCAAAAAAGAUGUUUGGGAUUGCAAGUUGUAAGUUUGUACAAGUAAAAAAUACCAGUCUAAUGCUGGGAGACCAUAGGAUGUGAUUGAGGAGGAUUCAAUGUCCACCCAAAUUCAUAAUGUGAAUGCUAGUAAUAAUCAAUGAAUCAGCAUCUUGGGAAGAAGCUUUCAUUUUCUGAACCAUCAGCUAAAAUUAUUCCCUCUGACUAUGUUAAAAAUUUUUCUUCUCCUAACUCUAUUUUUAUAUUACUCAUUUAACAGCUGAUCUGCACAAUGCUUGUACAUCCCAAUUUCAUAUCUCCUUGAAAUUCAUGGUUGUCGGUGCAUUUCUUUCUCUAAACUUUUUAUUCGUUAUAUUCAUAUAUUAUUAUUUUCUGUACAAUGGGGUUCUCCUAUACAAAGACCUGUUGGAAUUCAAUGACCUGAGCAUCUUUCAUUCAUGUAUUGGUUCCUCAUGAUUAAUUAACUAGGUCAUAUCCAUCCUCAGCUACACAGUAUUGUAUUUGAAACCAUUGUUGCAGAUUAGGUAAUUAUAACCAAUCACAGAUAUAGUUCAAUAUACAUAUAUCUAUGUUAACACCUAUUCAGUGUAUUCCUAUGAUUGAAAUUUUGAAACAAAAUACCAUCAUGAAAGAAUACUCUCAAUGAUUUUUUACUCAUCUACAUGUUUGGUCACUCAACCGAAAUAGAGCAACGGGCAAGUAGGAGCCUGACUCCUAUUUCGUGAGGAUAAUUGGGUGCAAAUCAAGUAUUCUUCAGUUGACUUCAAAGUUUCAUUUUGUUGAUUGCUUUGACGUACAAUAAUAAAUGUUUCUUAACUCAGGAA